UAUAAAUUAAUCAAUAAUUUUAGAAAUAAAUGGAAGGAAAGAAGAACAGGGUCGCAUACUUUUAUGACAACGAGAUUGGCUCAUUCUACUACGGAAAUGACCAUCCCAUGAAGCCCUUUAGGAUCAAGAUGGCCCACCAGUUGAUUGUGAACUAUGGAUUGUACAGAAAAAUGAAUGUGUAUCAGCCACAUAGAGCCACUCAAGCAGAGAUGUUGAAAUUCCAUUCUUCAGAAUACAUUGAUUACCUUAGGAUGGUCAUUCCUACGGUUGAAGAGAGCCAUUUCAGUCUUGGCCAGAACGAUUGUCCAGUUUUCGACGGACUCUAUGACUUUUGCCAGAUUUCAGCCGGAGGUUCAAUUGACGCAGCAUCUUUACUCAAUGCCCAGGCUAGUGAUAUUUGCAUCAACUGGGGAGGAGGCCUACAUCAUGCUAAAAAAUGAGAAGCUAGUGGCUUCUGUUACGUCAAUGACAUCGUGCUUGGAAUUCUUGAGCUCCUUAAAUAUCACGACAGAGUCCUCUAUAUCGACAUCGAUGUUCACCAUGGAGAUGGAGUAGAAGAGGCAUUUUAUCUCACAAAUCGUGUCAUGACUCUUUCAUUCCAUAAGUUUGGAGAUUUCUUCCCUGGAACAGGCAGUAUCAAGGAUACAGGGGCAGAAAUUGGCAAAAACUUUGCAUUGAAUGUUCCUCUCAAGAGUGGCAUGACUGAUGACAAAUAUGUCGACUUAUUCAGAGUUAUAACAUCGAAUGUGAGAGAUAAAUUCCAACCUUCAGCCGUUGUUCUCCAGUGAGGAGCAGACUCCCUUUCUUGGGAUAGACUUGGUCCCUUCUGCCUUACAAUCCAAGGACAUGGUGAAUGAGUGGAUUACAUUAAGUCUUGGAAUGUUCCUCUCCUAGUAGUCGGAGGAGGUGGCUACACUGUCAAAAAUGUUUCGAGAUGUUGGACCUAUGAAACUGCUGUAUGACUAAACGAGCACAAUAAUAUAUCUGAAUACCUCCCAGAGAACGACUACUAUGAAUACUAUGCUCCAGAUUAUGAGCUUUUCAUUUCUAAGAGAAACGAGCCUGAUGAUAAUACCCCUGAAUAUCUAAACUAUGUAACAACAAAGUGACUGAGCAAUCUGAAAGAGCUAGAGGGUGCUCCAAAUGUUCCCUUCAUGGAGGUUCCACCUAACUUCUUUGACACAGAAGAACUAGAGAAGAAAAUGAAAUCAAACUCAGCUGCUCUCGAUGAUGAUGAACAAGAGGAUCUAAAUCGUCAGAAAAGAUACGAGGAGGAGAAGGAGGAAGAAUAGCUUAAUUUUAAUUUCUUCAAUUAGACGAUAAUAAUUA